AAAAUGAAAGGUCAACUUGACUGGAAAUGGGGGAUAAGAGGAGACAAGGAUAAUAAAGAAAUAGUGUAAAAACAACAUAGAACCUCAUCACUAUGGAUAAUAAGCCAAUAUUAUUGGGGGAACUUUAAUAUGAGAACGAACCGUUUUUGAAUACACAUUGGGAGUUUGAAUUUUUAUAUGGCUAAUGCUUCAAUAAACCUUGGUAUACGCCAUUUCACACUUUUAUGCAACACCACAAAGGCCGAAAUACGAUCAAUCUUAUUAUUAUCCUUGUCUCCUCUUAUCCUCCAUUUCUAGUCUACUUGACCUUUUAUUUUUAAAUAAUAUUAUUUAGUUUCAAUGUGAACAAUCAGGUUUUAGCAACAAUAAGAAAUGUAUAUCCACUUCAGUGUAAAUACAUUUCAACACGUGCAACAUCCAUCUGUUGUCUAUCGAAUAUGGAACACAAUUUAGGUGAGUUGAAAAUGGAAAUUCGUCACAGGAUAAUUGUAGUUCAGGAAGGUGUAUUCUUGAUUUUCUUCAUAUUAUUUCGCAUUGUAAUCUACUGAAUAAUUCAGCUUGUCUCAUAGUGGUAAUCAGACAAACAGACAAUUUGUGGAGUUUAUUUACACAAGAAAGUUUCAGUUUGUUAUUACGGAAAAAUAUUAUUGAUCCAUUCAGUUCCAGUUCACUUGCUCAUGAUCACAAUAAUGCAUUUCAUUACUGAUUUCGGAGGAAAGCUUCUCAUUAUUUCAGCCACAUUUUAAGUGAUUUAUAAUGUGUAAACACCUGAAACGUAUAUUCAUUAUGUUGAUUCUGCUUUUCUUUGCCACAGAUCUCAAUUGCAAUAUUAGUCACAAAAAGUUUAGAUGUUGCAAUUAUGCUAACAAUCUUUGCGUUGGGACAUCUUUUACAAAUUCAUUGUAUUCUGGAUGUAAGCUGAAUUUACAUAGUUUGAAAACUCUUUGUUUCCAUUGCUUAACAAAAAUGGUAAUACUCUUUCAUAUCACAGAUUGGCUUUUCCUUGUAACAUCAUGAAGAAGAGGAGUCGCUUACUGAGACUAUUUAGUACAUUACAAGUUAGAUUCAUUUCAAAUCUACGACGAUCGAAUGAACUAGAGAUAAACUCAAUUGUAAAUUCAAAUUUCUUUUGUAUGAAGAGUGCUGUAUAACUUUACUUGCAGUUUUUACUAAAAAUAAUUGAGAUUGAGAUGGUUUAAUUCUUUCAUACAUUUUUUUAAAUAUAUAUUCAUAAAAUGGUACAAAAGCAAAUAGCUGUUGAAUUCACUAGAUCUAAAUACUUUGCGAUAUCCCUUAAUCAACGUUAAAUUGUCUUUAGAGAUACAGUAUACCAAGAUAAAUAUCAUGACUGUUUACUUUGAAACGCAUUCAGAUUGUCUUUUCGAACGUAUCUAUGUAACAUAAGGCUUUUGGCCACUAGGCCAAAAUUUUUUCUCAAAAUGUCUGUCUCAUUUAUAUAUCCAGUGGAACAAUUAUACCGGCAAUAAUUCAAUUAUUCUGAAGUAUUUGGAAGACUUCUUACUUGUUAAUCUAUUUCCUAAUAAAUAGAUGAAGGACACUUUGACAAAUCCUCACACUGAAGCCAAAA